AGGGCAAGAUGUUGGCUCGGUCAUGUGAUCAGCUGUGUCCAAUCACAGCUGAUCACAUGAGAGCUGGUAAUCGGCAUUCCUUGUAGUGGACAUGUACACAGAUCAUCAGGGCACUGAUGAUCACCCCAGCAGCGCCACCAUGUCAGUGUCCAUCAGUGCCAGCUGUCAGUGCUCAUCCAUGCCACCUGCCAGUGCCCAUCAGUGCCACAUUUCAGUGCCCAUCAGUGCCACAUCAAUGCCACAUAUCAGUGCCCAUCUGAGCUUCCUUUCAGUGUCACCCAUCAGUGCCAGUCAGUGCCGCCUAUCAGUGCCAGUCAGUGCCGCCUAUCAGUGUGCAUCAGUGCCACCUAACAGUGCCAGUCAG